AUGCCUGUCGGCUCCCACGACGCCGAUGACAUCGACAUGGAGAAGGAGAAGCUUGGCGUGUACACGGACGACCUGCUGUCGAACGGUCACAUUCAACUGACGCGCGACGAGCUGCUGGACCUCGAGUCGCAUCUGCCCGAAAUGCCACCCGACAAAGCCCUCGAAGUCCUGGCAGAAAUCUACCGCAUUCACGCCCACGACCCGCGCUACAGUGCCGAGACUCUGCACCGGAUCCAGCAGUUCACGACCGAGUACGACAAGAUCAUGAACAACCCCGGAGAGUACGACCAAUUGAUCUACGAAAUGCGCAUCUUCGCGCUGCUCUGUACGAUCUCCUCCCCGUACCCCGAAGUCCGUGCUGUUGCAACCUCAGUAGACAACACCGAGGAGGCCUCGCUCACGAUCCGCGUGUGGGUCGUCGGCACUAUUCUGUCCGCCAUCGGCUGCGUAAUCAACGCCGUCUUCGCUCUCAGGUACCCCACCAUCUCGAUCGGCUCGAACGUCAUCCAGCUUGUCGCCUACCCCAUUUGCGUUGCUUGGGGCAAGAUCAUGCCGCACUGGCACAUCUUCGGCUACCCCCUGAACCCCGGCCGCUUCACCCGCAAGGAGCAUUUGCUCAUCACAAUGCUCUCCGCGCUCGGAAUGGCUUGGCCUCCGACCCAACAUCUCAUCUUCGUUCAAGCCAUGCCUCACUGGUUCAACCAAAGCUUCGCACGCAGCCCGGGUUAUCAAUUUUUAGGGGCUUUGGGAACGAAUAUGAUGGGCUACGGCUUCGCGGGAUUGACAAGACGCUUCCUGGUGUACCCCUCGUACUGUGUUUGGCCGACAAGUUUGGCGACGAUCGCGUUAAACAACGCUCUUCACGAUUUUGGCGGCCGCAGCACCCCGGUUCUCGGUCCGGGACGCACCACGUGGCGCGCAUCUAUGUUUAAGUGCUUCUGGGUCGUCUUUGGCAUCUAUUUUGUGUGGUAUUUCUUCCCCAGUUACAUUUUCCCGAAUUUACAACUUUUCGACUGGAUUGCGUGGAUCAAGCCCACCAACGGCAACCUUGUGGCACUUACCUCGGUCAACUUCGGAGCCGGCUUGGGUCUUAACCCCUUCAUGACUUUCGACUGGGGUACGCUCAGCAACUCGGGAGGUAUGACGCCCAUGUUCGUGCCCAUCAACUUCCUUGCCGGCUUGUCGAUCGCGAUGCUCGUCGGAAUCAUCUUCUACUACACCAACGCCUACAACACCUCGUACCUGCCCAUUAACUCGCCCAAGACCUUUGACAACAAGGGCAAGUCGUUCACUGUUACGAACAUUGUCGACAAGUGGGGUGUGCUCAUCCAGGACAAGUAUCAGCAAUACUCCGAGCCGUGGAUGAGUGCCACACGCUGCGUCUCUUUCAUCGGCAUGUUCAUGUACACGUCCGCCACAGUGGCGCACACCCUGCUCUACAACAGGCACGAGAUGAACAUCGGCUUCCGCAGCGCCUGGCAGGACUUCAAGCGCUCAUGCAGGAACAUCAAGAACUUCAUCCUGCGCCGCCCCGUCGACCAGGAGGCGCUCCAGCAGGAGAAGAUGGCCUUCGGAGACGACAUUCACUACAAGCUUAUGCAGGCGUACCCCGAGGUGCCCGAGUCAUGGUACAUGGCGGUCCUGAUCAUCUCCAUGGUCUUCCUCAUGGUGUGCCUGGGUGUUUACACUGAGGUCACCCCCGCCGUCGUCCUCUUCGCCAUCCCGAUGACCGUCAUCUUCACCAUCCCCAUCGGUAUCGUCACCGCCGUCUCUGGCCUCGAGCCCUCGCUCAACACGAUCAGUAUGCUUAUCGGAUCGGGUAUUGCUGGAGGCGACACUCUGCUCGUGCAGUACUUCAGAAUGUGCGGUUCUGAGCCUGCUUACCACGCGAUCAACUAUGCGAACGACCUUAAGCUGAGCCACUACGUCAAGAUUCCUCCCCGUCACAUGUUCUACGUCCAGAUGUGGGCUGGCUUCCUCGCCACGAUUAUGACAGUCUCUCAGUGGAACUGGCUCAUGGACAUUCCUGACGUGUGCACCGAGAAGGCGCCGUUCCGCCUGAUCUGCCCCGCCGGACAGAGCGACUACUCCAACUUCAUCUUCUGGGGCACGAUCGGAGCUCCCCGUCUCUUCGGCAGUGGCAAGCGCUACACUGCGCUCCUCGUCGGGUUCCCGCUCGGCAUUGCGAUCCCCGUCAUCUUCUUCCUGCUGAAGAAGCGCUGGCCGCGCUCCUCGUUCCUGCAGUCGACACACCCGCUGCUCUUCGUGCUGUCAUUCGGAUGGGUCAGCGCCGCAAGCUGGGGCAACUACGUUCCCGGCCUGUUCAUCAACUACUUCUCUUGGAACUACCUCAAGCGCAAGUACCUCGAGUUCUGGAACAGGUACAACUACGUCACGCUCGCUGCGCUGUCGGCCGCGAUCUCCGUCAACGCCCUCAUUGUCUUCUUCGCGCUCGUGUUCCCCGGCGUCAACUUCCCGUCCUGGUGGGGCAACCCCGCCGACGGGCAGCCCGGGUGCAUCGGCGCCUGGACCGACUCGUGCCGCCUCAAGCCUAUCCCUGCCAAGGGCUACUUCGGAGCGGACCCCGGCCACUUCACUUAA